CGACUGUUUCCGCCAUACUUCGGGUAUGUCCGGCGGCCUCCCCGGUAACGGUCGUUGUGAGUUUAAAUGAUCUGGAGCCGCCUGACUGACGUCUGGAGAAUCGCUGACAGGGAGCGGGGUCCCGAGAGCGGGGGAGAGAGCCAGAGGACGGAGUAUGACGGUGCUGCAAGAACCCGUCCAGGCUGCUAUAUGGCAAGCAUUGAAUCACUAUGCUUAUCGGGAUGCUGUGUUUUUAGCGGAGAGACUGUAUGCAGAAGUUCAUUCAGAGGAGGCGCUAUUCCUGCUGGCUACAUGUUACUAUCGCUCAGGAAAAGCUUAUAAAGCGUAUCGUCUCUUGAAAACCCACAGUUGUGCCACCCCACAGUGUAAAUACCUUCUAGCAAAGUGCUGUGUGGACCUCAACAAGUUGGCAGAGGGAGAGCAGAUACUCUCAGGUGGUGUGCUGAACAAGCAGAAAAGCCAGGAAGAGAUUGUCACAGAGUUUGGAGAUUCUGCCUGCUUUACUUUAUCAUUGCUGGGCCAUGUAUAUUGUAAAACAGACCGAUUGGCCAAAGGAUCAGAAUGUUACCAAAAGAGCCUUAGUUUAAAUCCCUUCCUGUGGUCCCCCUUUGAAUCAUUGUGUGAGAUAGGUGAGAAGCCAGACCCUGAACAGACCUUCAAACUAACCUCCCUCCAGAACUUUAGUAGCUGCCUACCGAACACUUGCACAGUGAUGGUGAACACACACAAUUCAAUAUCACACCGACAGUCUGACACAGUGUUAAUGGAGACCCCUCAAGACACCAUAGAGCUGAACAGGUUAAAUUUGGAGUCAUCCAAUCUAAAAUACUCCUUUAAUACAGAUUCUUCAGUGUCUUACAUAGACCCUGGGGUAAUCUCUCCUGACUGCUUACCCCUGGGGACUGGUUCCUCCAUCCUGACCAAGCAGGCCCAGAACAAACCAAAGAGUGGACGCAGCCUGUUGGGAGGUCCAGCAGCUCUAAGCCCACUUACUCCAAGUUUUGGGAUUCUCCCUCUAGAAACGCCAAGCCCGGGUGAUGGAUCGUACCUGCAGACCUAUAAUUCUUCCUGUGUCCUUGAUGUGCCAUCUACAGGUGCCCCUACAAAGAAGUCUGUCGCCAGAAUAAGCCAAACUGGAACAAAAUCAGUAUUCUCUCAGAGUGGCAACAGCCGAGACAUACCAUCUGUCCUCCUUGUUCAGACUCAGGGCCCACAGACCAGUACGACUCCUCAGGUGCUGAGCCCAACCAUUGCUGCCCCCCCUAAUGCCUUGCCACGACGAAGCUCCCGUUUGUUUACCAGUGACAGCUCCACAACGAAAGAGAAUAGCAAAAAGCUAAAAAUGAAAUUUCCACCGAAAAUCCCUAACCGCAAAACAAAAAGCAAAACAAGUAAAGGUGGAAUGAAUCAAUCAAACCUCAAUGAGAGCCUAGAGAUCAGCAAGCUAGACCCCUCCAUCAUAUCUGAGGGCAAAAUAUCAAGUGUGGGUCCACAAAUCCAAGCUUUGAGUAUACAAAGGGCUGCUGCAGAAGGAUUGAUGAGCCUCCUUAGAGACAUGGGGAAGGGGUAUGUGGCUCUGUGCUCGUACAACUGCAAGGAAGCCAUCAACAUUCUGAGUCAUCUUCCAUCCCAUCACUAUAACACUGGCUGGGUUUUGUGCCAGAUCGGCAGAGCGUACUUCGAGCUAGCAGAAUAUCUACAGGCAGAGAGAGUCUUCUCAGAGGUUCGAAGACUUGAGAAUUACCGAGUGGAAGGCAUGGAAAUCUAUUCCACUACAUUAUGGCACUUACAAAAAGAUGUGACCUUAUCAGUGCUGUCUAAGGACUUAACAGAUAUAGACAAGAAUUCACCAGAGGCUUGGUGUGCUGCUGGAAACUGCUUCAGCUUGCAGAGAGAGCAUGAUAUCGCCAUCAAGUUUUUUCAGAGAGCUAUCCAGGUUGAUCCUGGCUAUGCCUAUGCAUUCACUCUCUUGGGCCAUGAGUUUGUACUGACAGAGGAGCUGGACAAGGCUUUGGCAUGUUUCAGGAAUGCAAUCAGAGUCAACCCAAGACACUAUAACGCAUGGUAUGGGCUAGGAAUGAUUUACUACAAGCAGGAGAAGUUUAGCCUGGCAGAGAUGCAUUUCCAGAAAGCACUAGACAUCAACCCACAGAGUUCUGUUCUUCUCUGUCAUAUUGGAGUGGUGCAACAUGCCCUCAAGAAGUCAGACAAGGCUUUGGACACUCUUAACAAAGCCAUAUCUAUUGACCCCAAAAAUCCACUAUGCAAAUUCCACAGAGCAUCCAUCCUGUUCGCCAAUGAAAAAUAUAAGUCUGCCCUGCAGGAGCUUGAAGAAUUAAAACAGAUAGUACCCAAGGAAUCUCUUGUUUACUUCCUUAUAGGAAAGGUGUAUAAGAAGCUAGGUCAGACACAUUUAGCUCUCAUGAAUUUUUCCUGGGCCAUGGAUUUGGAUCCCAAAGGAGCUAAUAAUCAAAUCAAAGAGGCCAUAGACAAGCGGUACUUGCCGGAUGAUGAGGAGGCUGUUACACAGGAGGAACAGAUCAGCGAGUGUUAUCCCUACGAGUCAGUGGGCACUGAUGAAUCGCAAGAGAGCAGCAUGACAGACGCAGAUGACACUCAGCUACAUGCAACAGAGAGUGAUGAAUUUUAACCAUAGAGUAACAGCAGGAUGCACAGUGCGGGGUUUCUGACUGUUAUUUUACUGUGCACAGCCCCAGCCUCGCACCAUUGCCUUUGCAGACUUGUUUCACAGGCUGCCAUUUUGUCUCAUCACUUUAUUCUGUCAUCAGCAGCCCCCUCAACCUUCAUUCUGAUUUAAAUGAACAAUUAAAGACUGUGAUUUGUCAGAAUUACCUGCCUCUUCCUGGCUGCUAGGCAUUUAAGGGUGGAGGUUAAGGGGACAAUCUGUGAGAAGUUGGUGGUCAAGCACAAGACUCAAUCCUCCUGCUUAGUGGAUCACAGGAUUAAUCUUUCUGUAUACCGGAUGCUCAUCUUUGUUCUUACAUUCUUCCCAUCAGAAUGAAUGCCCUCCUUUCCCUCUCAAGACAGAGUGUUCUCAUCACCCUUCUUAUUUUGUCAACAAGAACCACUGGACUCUUGCCAACACCUUCCAGCCCACCUCAGAAUCAAUGUCUCCCCUUCAUUUCACAAAAUAACCUUCCUCUUUUUUUCUUUCCUCUUCUGCCUAAAACCCCAUUUAGACUGCUUCCGGACAGAUAAGUCUAUCGAGACAGACCACCCCACAUCCUUUCCAGGGUGUUCUCUGAGGGUGGCCUUCUCUUUCAUUCAGUGUAGUCAAAUGUCAUUUCUUUUAUAGCUUCAUGUUCUUUCUGCACACUUCCGUGUCCACUCUGUCCUUCAUUCCUGCAGUUUGUUGACUUUGUUCCACAGAUGUAAGUAUGAGACUAUAAGCUGUUGGUGGUUCUAUCAUAAUCCUACUGACAGCUGACCCCACUGUUCUUAAUCACUCAUUUAAAACCAGUGGGAUAAAGUAGGGGGUACCAGCCAUGGCCUAUGUGACUGGUCUGACAGAUCAGCCUCUGUGAUGUGUGGCUGCAGCUUGUCUUUAUUUUUAUUUUUUUAUUUUAUUUGAAAAGUGUACAGUGUCCAUUAUUUGAGUGGGAAGUCCCUGUUUAAUAUAUUUUGCGAAUCAUUUAAGGAUGUGAAAAAUCCAAAUAAAAACUUUUUAAAAAUA